UGCAUGGCGGUCUGUAUAAAAAGUGAUCCGGAACUGUCGCACUGACUGUAUUGAAGUCUGUGCCGAACGCGCGUGUCUUGCGCAUGGCCAUGAGCCGUGAUAGGCGAGCAAACUGAAGCCUUACAUUAGUAAUGAGGGAAUCUACAGUGCGGCCGCUGAUUCCGAUGUAGAUCUAUAAAUGGAAAUCGUCAAGUCAGAUUCAGCACUUGUUUUCUCUCUCGGUGACUGAAUCAGUUGUCUCCACCGCUUUGACGCGAGCAGAUCGCUCUCCACAGAAAUUACGGUUUGUGAGAGUGCAGCGUUUAAUCAUGAACGCUACCUUGGACGGCCCUACUGGAUCAACACCAGCUUCGCCUGAGGGGUUCUACGGCCGUAUCCCCGGGGCAGUCUACGAUGUCACCGCAGUCUACUUGGGUCUCCUCACCUUCUUCGGUAUCUUCAAUAAUGGACUGGUGCUGGUGUUGUACGCUAGGUACAAGACGCUACAAAAUCCGGUCAACCUGUUCCUAAUCAAUAUCUGCUUGGGUGACCUGAGUGUGUCUCUUUUCGGAAGUCCGUUCACCUUCGCCGCUAAUGUCGCCCGCAGGUGGUUAUUUGGUGCCGGCGGCUGUACCUGGUACGCUUUCAUCGUCACGGUGUGUGGAACCGAGCAGAUUGUGUCAUUGGCCGCCGUGUCAGUCCACCGAUGCUGCCUGGUUGUGCGUCCCUUCACUGCCCAAAAGAUGACCACGCGCCUGGCCUUGCUAUUCAUUGCCCUGACGUGGGCCUACUCCUUGAUUGUAUCACUGCCUCCAGCUAUAGGCUGGAAUUCAUACGUCUUGGAGGGAACCGGAACAGCAUGUUCCGUAGACUGGACCUCCAACGAACCGGGCGACUCGUCUUACAUCAUAUUCAUUUUCGUCAUGGUUCUGGUCAUUCCAUUUUCGCUGAUUGUGGGCUCCUACACACUGCUCAUCUAUGCCGUCAAAAAGAUCGCAUCCAGUGAGGCGGCGCGAUCUUCUCAGCACAAAGCCGACAAGAAGGUCACCAUAUUGGUAGUCGUCAUGAUCUCGUGCUUUCUGGUAGCCUGGACGCCAUACUCGGUGUUUUCUCUGUACGUGGCGGCCAGUAAGAACAACACUGUCUCGCCGGUCGCUGCCUCGAUACCCGCCAUGUUCGCAAAGGCUUGCACCGUCUACAAUCCCAUCAUCUACUUUCUGUUAAACCAACAGUUCAAGGACGCAUUCAUUGAUAUGAUGUGCUGUGGACGCAAUCCAUUCAGUAAUGAUGAUGUCAUAGACGACACAGCAAGAACGAGAGCCCUCAGACAGGCUACUCGCCAGCCUAGAAACAUCACAGGUACGGACAACCGGCCUGGACGUGAGGACAUCUCGGCUAGCCUCGGCACCCAGAUGUCGGAGAUUGGGGCAACUCCUGCCAUGCCGCGACGCCCCGUCAAGAUCGCCGACUGGGGCGCCAAGAGCUCCAAGGACGAUCAACCUCAGCCCGCCCUAGAGAAGAAAGUGGAGGAAGGGGAAACCCAAGGCGUGAUGGAGACUCCGGUGGAGGUCUUCCAGGUGGACGAAGAGUCUCUGGACGAACAGCAGGCCGCCAAGAACGAACAGGUCAAAAAGCACAGUCGGGGAUUUCAUAAAAGUCGCAAGGUUUGCCCAGUCGAACAACCUGAUGUUGAGGAGGCAUGAACAAGAAUAACAGAAGACUUUCAGAAUUCUUAGGGUGUGAGACACUUUAUUUUAUGAAUUGCUCAGACUUAUACUUUCGGAUGGGUUUGUUUUUUGUAAAUACGAGAUGACCCGCAUGAAAAUAAUUGUUCAAUUUGGGAAGACGCUUUAAUAUGCGAAGUGUGUAAUAAUCUUGCGAUUGUGAAGUUUACAUGUUGAUUUUUUCAUACAGUGAAUUCAAAUUUUCGUUUGAAAUUGAUGCAUAUUUAAACCUUUGGUUUCCCGCCAGGAUAGAUAUCUGAUCCCUUACACAUACUUCUUGAGACGAUAACGGAUUUGUUCACGGCAUUUUAUUUUACCAGCUAUACCCUCUCAGCGUUUUAUCUUUAAAGAGCCCAUGCAAUGUGUUUUUUUUAAUCCAAUCCUUGAAUAUUUGCCAAUUUGCAAGGGUAUUUUGGUGCCUUUUUGUUUGUUAUGCUAACGCGAUUUUCCAGAUUCAUGAGCAACAGUUUAAUGUGUAAUUUCAGGCAGAAACCUCCAUGUAACAGCUAUUUCAGCACCAGAAGUUGCCAGCAUUUUG